AUGGACGUCACCAAGGCAGUGUCGGCGUACAUCCAGCGCAUGAUUACGGAAGUCGCUGGCAUCAAGGUCCUCCUGCUGGAUCAAGACACAACACCAGUCAUCUCUACCUCUUUCACACAGUCUUCUUUGCUCAGCCAUGAAGUCUACCUCACCGACCGUGUCGACAACGCUAACCGUGAUCGCAUGCGCCAUCUCAACUGCAUUGCUCUUCUCCGUCCAACACCACAGUCGAUCGCAGCAUUAUCUCGCGAGCUCCGACAACCCAGAUACAAGUCGUACUGGCUCUACUUCACCAAUGUUCUACAAAAGCAAGACAUCGAGCUGCUUGCCGAGGCAGAUGAGCACGAAGUCGUCAAAGAGAUCCAGGAAUUCUUCGCCGACUAUUUGCCCGUCAACACCGACCUCUUCUCGCUUAACAUCGACACACCACCGGCACGCAUUUGGGGCGACAACCCUGCCACCUGGGAUCAGCAAGGUCUCGACCAGCACGUCAAGGGACUCAUGGCGCUUCUUCUCAGUCUCAAAAAGAGACCAGUCAUCCGUUACGAGAGGAUGAGCACGCUCGCGAAGAAGCUGGGCGAAGAGCUUUCGUACCAGAUCAGCAACAGUCACUCUGGCUUGUUUGACUUUAGAAAGACCGAGAACGCGCCGCUCCUUCUCAUCCUCGAUCGCAGGAAUGAUCCCGUCACACCUCUCUUGACACAGUGGACGUACCAGGCCAUGGUGCACGAAGUUCUCGGCAUCAAGAAUGGCCGUGUCAGCCUUGCCGAUGCGGACGGUAUCCGUCCUGAGCUCCAAGAAAUCGUUCUCUCGGGCGACCAGGAUCCUUUCUUCUCGGCAAAUCUGUUCGACAACUUUGGCGAUCUCGGCGCUUCAAUCAAGAAAUAUGUGCUUGAGUAUCAAUCAAGAACAGCAUCCAACGCCAGCAUCGACACGGUCGCCGACAUGAAACGCUUCGUCGAAGAAUACCCGGAGUUCCGCAAAUUGGGCGGUAACGUCAGCAAGCAUGUCGCAUUGCUCGGCGAACUCAGUCGCAGAGUCGAAAGAGACUCGCUGCUGGAAAUUUCAGAACUAGAACAAAGUCUUGCCAGCGUCGAAAGCCACGCCUCUGACCUCAGAGCGGUUCAGUCCAUGAUCGAGUCGACAAAGGCCUCUCACGACGCUAAGAUCCGCAUCGCCAUCCUCUACGCUCUGCGAUAUCAGAAAUUGCCCGGCAACCAGAUCCAGAAGAUAGUGCAAGACCUGCUCAAAGCAGGUGUACCAGAAAGCCGCGCCGCCCUCGUCUUUGUCACACUCAACAUUGCCGGAGCGGACCAGCGGCAAGACGACCUCUUCGCCAACGAGAACUUCUUUUCACGAGGCAAGAGCGCUCUCAAGGGUCUCAAAGGCGUUGAGAAUGUCUACACGCAGCAUACCCCGCACCUCGUACAGACAGUGGACAACCUGAUGCGCGGCAGAUUGAGAGACACAAGCUACCCCUUCAUCUCGGCCAGUCAAGGAGGAGCGCCCUUCAACCCUGCGGAGCGCCCGCAAGACGUCGUCCUGUUCGUCAUUGGAGGUGCGACAUACGAAGAAGCCCGCUCGAUCGCUUUCUUGAACGCUCAACACCAACGCGGCGCCCAGGCAGGCGUACAACAGGCUGCUGUCGGUGGCGUGGCGGGCACUGGCACUCGCUUUCUGCUUGGAGGCAGCUCAAUACACAACAGCAAGUCGUAUCUGGACAUGGUCCAGGACGCGGCAUCUCGGUUCGAUGCGCGAGUCGCCAAGCCUCCCGCCAACCUGGGACUGGGAGGACCAGCCCUCAACCUCAGCAUCGGACCUGUUCAGCUGGCCGUAGGAGGGAGACAGAACGGAUCGGGCCCUGGCGGUGCGGUAGCCGGAGCAGCUGCCAGUCUUCUGGAUCCCGAGUACCUCGGCGAGGCGGCCAGCGGUGCUAGGGAUCUUGCCACAGAUAUCUUUGGCAGAGUGAGGAAGGGAGUCGAAGGCACCAUCGGCGGUCUGCAGUGA